AUUGUAUUGAGCAUCAUGUCGAGCGGACAAUGGGAAGUUGUUGGCAAAAAUAAGAAAUCUCAAAAUGGGAAGUUAAAACAGGACGACAAGAAGCCGCCUAAAAGCGGGCCAAAACUUGAAGACGUCGUGCCUCAUUCCCAAAUAAAAUCUUUCUAUUCUGGUAUGGAGAUUGAUGAUGAUAGGAAACCAGCAAAAGGGAAGAAUGGUGAUAAAAAAGGAAAGAAACAGGAGAAAAAAGAGCCAUCCAAGCCCAAGCCUCCUAAAACUAUUGAGGGUGCAUUUGAAUUGAUUGACGCUACAGAGCUGGCAACAAUAAUAACAACAAAUAAAAUCCGUUUUUCCAAUGCACCAUUAGUUUGGCUAAAAGAAGUUGCCAAUUUUCUCAACUCCAAAACCCAAAUAGAAGUUGAUGAUCCUACUUUCUCUCAGCAUCCUACUUUAUACCCUUUAUCAGUUGUUCCAGAGGAUAUAAAGACUUCUCUGGAAAAUGUUUUUCAAGAUGCUGGAAAAUCAAAUGCUCAAUUGUUUUUCGACAUCACACUGACUGCUUUAGCCAAUGAUAUGAGCAGAGGUCAAUCUGUGAACGGCCACAGAGUCCUGCUGCAGAUUUUAGCAAAAAUCUACCCCGAGUUUUGCGUGGCAUCUGUGCCAAAAAGCGCAAGUUUACGUAAUUCUUACCAAAACCGACCGCCUAUUGGACUUACGUUGCUAUGGGCGUUUGGGCAAGGUGGACUGAGCGACUUUGCUAUUGGCAUGAAGGCAUGGCAGGAUUUAUUCCUUCCAGUAAUCGAAUUGAAGAAUUAUUCAAAAUAUGUGGUGCAAUACUUAUCGAAAUUAUUAGACAGGCACGCAAUGGAGGCUAAGGUGACCCAGGACCAACUUCUUAAUAUGUUCGACCUGGUCAAUAGUAAAAGGAAUGGAAUCCCUAAGGAUCUGUCAAGUGACCUUAUCAAACAAUUAAAUAAAUAUAAGGAUAUAUAUUUUAAUAAAAGCGGCAAUAAACUCCAAGUUACAUUCAAUCAAAUAAUGAAGAAACUGCCAAACCAAUACCUAAGUGGAAUCACUCUGGACCCCUAUAAUCAGGUUCUUGUUGAAAGCUUGGUGGAUUGCCUCGAGAGGGAUGAUUCCUGUAACGCUACAUGGAGACAGUUGUUCCAUAAGUGCAGUAAACAGUCUGCAACUGUAUUAGAAUAUAUUGACAACCACUGGUCCGAAGUAAGCCCACGCCUCAAAUCAAAGUCUCUGAAGGCCACUGUAGCUCAAUUCAAGGAAGUUAGCGCCGACACACUAAGAGGCAAAAAGAAGGAUGAAACCAUUGUUAAAACCAACAAGAUAUGCCAGGAUAUUCUAGAUAGGAUGACGAGCACUAGAAGGUUCCCUUGGCUAUGGGCCAGCUUCUUCUUGCUGGUGGCGAUUUGUGGACUUGUGGCCUAUGAUGUCUCCAGAGUUGGUGGCAACUUCCCCAAGAGUGCAACAGGAAAAGUGUUCAAAGACCUAGGUAUCCUAGAGCACAGUCAACAUGCCUGGCAGAAGACGUUAUCCACGUCAGCCAGAGGAUAUCUAUGGCUGGAGACGAACGCUCCAAUAUACUACACAAACACCAUUGAGUUCUGCAAACCAUAUGGACAGUUAUCAAAAGAUGCCUUUUUGAUAGCUUUGAAAAAAGCCAGUGUUCUAUAUGAGAAUGUUAAAGAUUAUGUAGUUGAGAAAACUCCAGUGGUUGUCUCCACAAUAGAGAGCUAUGCACCAGGAUUGAUUGAUAAUGUACAGAGCUAUACAUCUGCUGGCAUCACUGCAGUUAAGAAAUACUCAUAUGAUUACUACAGUCUUACGGCUGAUUAUUUGAAGACCAAAGUUUUUGUCGGCGAUUGGGCUCCAGAGGUUUUACAAAACAAAACGCAAACGGCACUCAAUGCGACAAGGUUCCACGUGUCGACAUACUUCCACUGGUUUAGAGAACAAGUGCACAUAUACUCGGAAAUACCUUGAGCAAACGCUCGGGUUGUGGCAUAGCACUGUAGUUUGUAAUUCACUCUCAGUACUAAAAUUGUUUACUCUUAACUUUCAUAAGUGCGAUGAGUUUUGUUUGAAUUUGUUUGUGUGAUGAGUUCGUUUGUACCCAAAAUAAUCAUUUUUUGUACAAUGUUUCGGAAAUUAAAAACUCAUUUAAAACUUAGGUAAUCUGUUCCAUGUCACUAAAUACAGCACUUUGUUCUAAGGGUUAUAUUCUAGAAGAAGUAAUUUUACUUUUAAAUGUAUGAUAUUUCUUUAGUUUUUUUGUCUUGUUUGUGUAUGAAGUUAAACCACUUUAGUACUGAGAUUUGCUUGAUGUAAUUGUAUUUCUGUUACGUAUGAAGGAAUAAGUUUUAAAGCCGGUUUAUUAAAAAACACCCAUACAAACCUGUAUUAUGUACAUUACACAUUAUGUGAAUUUUAAUAUUAUUAAGACAUGUGAUCAUUUAUUUUUUGUGUAUAUGUUAUUGUUACUAGGUACAGCAACGAACGAACAUGUAAAUGUACUAUUAACAGAUUUGCUCAAAUACGAGGGUACACAACAUUUUUGUAUUACUAGGGCCUAAAUUUCAUACAUGAAAUUGUCCUAAUUCAAAUUCAUAAAAAUGAAUUUGGAAAUAAACCAGUGAAAUGCUUUAUUUUAAUAUUUUUAACUUAGUGUAUAAUUAUUGAUAUUGAUUACAAUACCAUAUGUUGACAACUUCAUGGCAUUCUAACUACUACUAUUUUGCAGUUCUAACAUUAUCAGAAUGCCACUCUUUUUAACUACACCAUUUGUCGACUGUACUUUCUUUGUGGACUUGGAUAUACGUAUACACAAAAAAUAACAACAUAAUAUGCGAAUAAAUAUAGCUGAUUCAAGUUUCUGCAGAAAUAAAUACUUCUUUUUCUUUUUUCAUGUCACACAAAUCAUAUAUUUUAAGGCAUAAAUCAUAUAUUCCUUCAGACGUAAAGUUAUUUCGAACCUAAUUUAUGUACGAUUCACGUGACGGAGAAACUAUUUUAAAUCGAGUACAAUAAUUCAUGCAUUCAUACAACGAAAGAGUCGAUCGGUUGUAAAUAUUAAUGCCACAUUCAUAACAUCAUUUAAUCUCUGCCGUACAAUAAUGUCAUAUCAUCAAAAAUUAUUUAAAAGAAUAAUUCAUGACAAUUAUUUAUUAUUAAGAAAGUAUUAUUUUUAACAUUGAAUAUUUGAAAUUAAUUCACAUUCCUGCAAGCAUUUAUUACUCGACAUUUUUUCCCCGACUUUUGUCAUGUAAAUUAUUUUACUUUCAAACUGUGAGAUCUUAGUUUUUGAAGUAUUUUUUUAUUUACUAGAGUCUAUAGUAUCGGGUGUUUUAAGUGACUGUGUCUCGCGAAAAUAUCCACUUCUUUACAUACGAGGUGAAUGUAAAGUGGCGGCUAUUGGUUGAAGCCUCUCAAAUAGGUUAAUGACUCCCAUGCCUAGGUUCACAAUCGUGUGAACAGCAGUGUCAAUAUCUUUACGGGAGUAUCUAAGGCAGCCCUACAUCCAAAUCCGGCAAUAUUAAAAGAAACACUAUUUAAGUAGCAUGCUGUCAUAGAGCUGAACUUUGGUUGUCAAGCAUUCCAUUUGUAUGGAAAAUAGAAUAUGCGUCAGGUAAAAGAAGGUAUUAUUUUCAUACCUCGUCUCAAAAGAACAAGUUCUCUGUAAAGUGUUACAUUAUUAUUUACGCAUAAUUCUAUUUUAUCCCCAAAACUCAUGAUCUGAACCAGUGUCUCGAAAAUUGCUUUUUUUAUUUGUUAAGACAAAGAUGACCUUUAUUCGGUUUUAUCAACUCGAAUCAACUUCAAAAUUAUGAAUAUAUAUCCUUUAAAAUGCCAAAAUAAUUGUCCCUGUUUUUACAUUUUAACUAAGUAUCAAUUACUUACCAAAAAUAUCAUGAAACAGUGAGUUUACAAUCGUGUGUAUUAUAUUGUAUCAAGAGUUAAAACAAAUUAGCAUUUUGUGUGCAUGCGUUAGUUAUUCUUAUGUUUAGAUGUGUGCGAGCACACAAUAUACAUUUUACUCGUUUCAUAAAACUGAUUUUUUAAAUGAAAUCUCGAACAGUCCGAAAGGCAUUGUUCUACGGAUCGUAUUCUAGACUGUCUUCAGUAAUGAUGGACGAAUAUUCGUACAAAAAAAGACAAUAAUCUCUUUUCUCUUUUGCAUAACUGCAACCCUGCCAAAACGUUUUAUGAAUCAAGUAAAAUGUAUUAUCAUUUUAGUGCAAAAUUAUCACAAGUUCGUAUCGUCUUUGGGCAGAAAAUGGUGAAUAUUGUGUUGUAUGAAAUUAUGUAAGGAGUCACAAUAAAACAUUGUUAGAGACUUUUGUCUUUUUUUUAUCGUAACCUUGCAAGUAGCAAAACAGUCGUAAUAUGGCGU